AUGAAAGAGGAGCAGUUCAAAUGUCUCGUGUUUGUGUGUGGAUUGAAGUCGGACAAAGAUACGGAAGUGCGAUUGCGAUUGCUGUCGAAGAUUGAAGAGCGGAACGAUGUGACACUGGAGCAGCUGUCUGAGGAAUGCCAGCGUUUGUUGAACUUGCGACAUGAUACGGCGAUGAUUGAAGAGCAUUCGGCCGCCGUGAACGCCCUCAGAAACAAACAACAGCGAUACAAGAGAGGUUCACCGUUGAAAUUCCACCAAGCCGGUGAAGAGAAGAGCAGUUUUGGAUCAAGUAGUAGCAAGACGAGUCCAGAGACAGCUUGCUGGCUAUGCGGAGGCAUGCACUAUGCCAGGGAGUGUACUUACAAGUCCAACAAGUGCAACGAUUGUGGCAAAGUAGGCCACAAAACGGGAUAUUGUAGAAGUGCAAUGAAGGUGAAAUUUCGACGACGGAGGCCAAAUGUAGCUUCUACUAAGGUAGUAACAGUCAAUUCCUGCAGUGUGCAACAGCGUCGAAAAUUCGUUCCGGUUGGGAUCAAUGGAUCGCCGGUACGUUUACAAAUCGAUACGGGAUCUGAUAUAACAAUAAUUUCUUCGGAAUCUUGGCGGAAGAUCGGCAGCCCUUCAACUACUGUGUCAACAAUUGUCGCUAAGUCAGCCAGUGGUAAAGCGUUGCAGAUUGAAGGUGAGUUUGCAUGCGAUCUUUCUAUCGAUGGACGCGUUCUGCGUGGUAUUGUUCGAGUUGCAAAGGAGCAACUACACCUGCUUGGUUCUGACAUGAUCGAUGCUUUCGGAUUGUGGUCGGUUCCGUUUGACUCCAUUUGCAACGGUAUCCGCAGUACUCCGGCUAGCAUUUUCGGAGUGGGCAAAGACAGUUUAAUUGCUGAGCUGAGGCAGGAAACUCAAGGGGGUUUUAAUAAACUCUCACCAGCGAUUCUCUCUCCUGCUCCCGUCUGGUUCCAAUAUAAUAACCGACCUACUUUGAAGAGGACACGUGAACGAGACGAAGCUAUUUUACCAGCUUCGGAUAGGCCGCAAAAGAUUUUCCGCGGAACCAAUCAGACCACGAGCGAUAUUGCGGUAUCAACCGAGAGGCCGGAAAACAAAUUCUGGAUAUAUUUGAUGAAAAUUUCAUCUGAAGCUGCAGAGGACGACAUUGUAGAUCCUGCCAAGAGCUGCUUGCAAGCUGAAGAUUGUCCCGGCAAGCAGAAGAUGACCGACACGGCCAUCGUAUUCAAGAACGAGAAACCCGGAAAGGUGGAGCACAUCAACGCAUUAGAUAUCGACCUGAACUACUGA